AUGGUUCGAAAAGACCCUAUUUUUGAAGCGCGCACCAAUGUCAAAUUACACUCCAAUCGCUUGAAGAAAGAAGCCGCCCGCGCGGAGACAACCUUCAAGUCCGAAAAAGCAAAGGCCGACAAGGCGAUGAAAAACCGCGAAUUCCAGAUAGCGCGGAUCCACGCAUCCUCCGCCGUGCGCGAGAAACGGCGACAGGUCACCUUGCGAGCAGAAGCGGCCCGUGCAGAUGUGAUCAUAAAUGAACUGAAGGCUGCACAGAGCACCCGGGACACGUCGCGCACCCUCGCGAUGGCGUCUCGAGGCUUAGACGCUGCAUCCAAGAGUGUAAACCUCGAGACGCUAGUAUCCCACGCAAACAACUUUCUCGCACGCUCGGAGGACUUCAAGAUUGCCAGCAGCGCCAUCGAGGAUGUGGCUCAAGGUGUUUCAAUGCAAGAGUAUGGGGCUGAGGGCGAGGCCGAUGUUGAUCGCCUAAUGGAGCAGCUUGCCGACGAUGCGGGAGUGGACAUGCGACUUGCUCUAGAGCAGGACUCAGCACCAAAGGAAGAUGUGAAGGAACAAACGAAAGUCGAUGCAGAUGUUGAGGAUGGACUAGGUGCCAGAUUGCGAGCUCUGCGAGCCGCAAAUUGA